GACACAUGCCGCAUAUGCAGUGCGCCAGCAGAGCCCGACCAGCCUCUAUUUCACCCAUGUAAAUGCUCGGGUACGAUCAGGUAUAUACACCAGGACUGUCUGCAGGAAUGGCUGGCACACAGCAAGAAGAAGACCUGCGAUGUCUGCAAAUAUCCAUACUCCUUCACCAAGGUGUACUCGAAGGAUAUGCCAGAGCGGUUGCCCUUGUUCCUAAUACUGCGCCAAUUCUCGCGGCAGUUAGCAUCCGCGGUCCUCUUCGGUCUCCGUGCCAUUCUCGUCGCGUCAAUAUGGCUCGCCGCGUUGCCGUGGGUCACGAUAUGGACAUGGAGGAUGUACUUUGCGAUGGGCAAUCAUGCCGCAUGGUGGAUCAGCGCUCUCAAAAGGCCAGAACACGAGCCCGACCUCUUUGAUGACAUCCCCGCGAAUGCUACCGCCACCAACGCCACCUCCCCUAGCAGUCACACGCCCCACCCUCACGGAAUAUUGACGCAUCCAGUAGUCUUGCAAGUCUCGUCGGACAUCGUCGCGGGCCAGAUAAUUGCGUCCAUGAUUGUGAUCGCGUUUGUUGCAAUCUUCCUACUACGUGAGUGGAUCACGCAGAACGCGCGGCCAGGUAUCUUCGAGGAUGGAGAUAUUCCCGCCGAAGAGGACGCGCCCGAGGCAGUACCACCCGCCCCAGAGGUGGCGCCUCCGGCCAUUGUGGUCCAAGAAGCACCUCCGGUUCCUGUACGCCCAAUGGUUGUGAACGAGGAGGCCCCACGGAAUAGGAUUCCGGUUGGUCGGGCGCGUUACGACGGGGUGCAUAGGGAAGACGUUGCGCGCGCGAGGACAAAGAAGCAGCGGACCAGGAGCGACGCGACGGCCCCAACCGACACGCUCGAGGCGGGGCCCUCUCGGCAUAUACGACCGAGAAGCAGAGGGCACACCCCUGGGCGGGAGGCAGCCAAGGGAAAAGGCCGGCGAUCGAGUCGCGCUGCGGAGAAGGCAAGACUGAGGGCCCCGCCACUUCCAGUCGAUGAGGAUAGCGAAGAAGAUGGGUAUGCACGCGCUCUAAAGACGAAAGAGUUCCGGAGACUUGAGAUCAUGCGGACCAUGUACCCACUAGAGUCUGCGAUACCUGGACCUAGUGAUAGGGACGAAGGCGCGGACCAUGAAGAGUGGUCCCCGGGGCGCAAGCACGACCGCGCAACACAAACGCUACCGACAUUUGCGGAGUUCACCUUCACCGUGCCUCCGCCGUCUGUGUCGUCGCCACGCACCGACGUGCCUUCGUCGUCGGAGAACGGUACCGCCUCACAGCGGGGGAGCGGGUACGGCGAGCCCCCAUCUCACAAUCCAUUCGCAUCGCCCUCGCCGCCUCUCCACGAAUCAAGUAGCACAGAGGAAGACGAGCGGGAGCUAACACCGAAAUCUGUGAACGCCUCACUACCCGGCCCGUCAGACAAGGUGGCGUUACAUCUUGAUGCUGAAUUCCCCGGAGAUGUUGUGGGCAUACAGCCUUUCCCUUCCCCUGGUCCGAGCACGCCCUCAGGUCUACGUCGUCCACCGUUACCCACCAUGACGCUCCCGCCUUCCCCAGCCCUCGCGUCCGCCUCGGCGAGCGCAGCGCAAAGCCGCAAGCAGACUCCGCUCGCGUCGCCCAGUUUGGCAACAUACCGUGCGCCAGAGGACCUCGACGCUGUUGUGCCGGACGGACAGGUCGACUACUUCGUGGAGCAAUGGUAUGCGGACCUCAUGGACGCGAACGAUCUCGAGGAGGCGCACCGUAAAUACUUCCGCGAUCCGGAGGAGCGUCAGCGCGAACUUGAGGAGGCCGAGGCGGAGCGCGCAGAGAGGGCAGAGAUGGCGGAUGUUGAGCUGGAUGGGGAGAUGGACGAUGAUGCGGACGAUGUCCGGUGGACCGAUGAGGAAGUUGUCGCCGAGGUCGAAGAGGAAGAGGAGGAAGAAGAGGAGGUUGCAGGCCCGGAGGAUGAUGUGCACGAAGACGACGCGGACCAGUUGGAGGAGGUCGAGGACGAUGCUCCGCCUGAAGCCGGGGCAAUCCAGAGGGUCGAGCCGCCUCCACCAAUCCCGGAGGAUUUCGAGAAUGACAUCAAUAUUGAGGAUGACAUGGACGGUGCCCUAGAAGCCAUCGGUCUACGAGGGCCACUGUAUGGUGUGCUCCAGAACGCCAUUCUCAUGACCUUCAUCCUUGACACCACGAUCGGUCUGGGUAUAUGGCUUCCGUUCACUAUCGGCAAAACGACCGCAUUGCUAAGUCUAAAUCCUCGGAGAGCCAUGCAGAUUCUGCAUCUGCCGCUACGCGCCAUCCGUAUUGUGACCGACCCUAUAGUCGACACCGUCCUACUGGUUGUCUCGCGGCUACUUAUUACUCCUCUGGCUGUCCUGACCCAACUGGCUUUGACUUGGGCUCUGGGCGUACUGUCAUCUUUCGCUGGCCCUGAGCGCGCCGAGAAGCUCGCAGACGUGUAUCACAGUGUCAUGGACGUCGCUAUGAAGGUCAUGGAUAGCGCCGCGACGUCCACUCCAUCCGAAGCCGCGAAAGUCGAGCCGACUCCCUCUUACCUGUAUCGGCUUCUAGAAGAGGACACGACCGUGAUGCGUAUGGCCGAGCCGUACUUUGCGCCUCUGGGCCAAAGUGUUCGCCAAUGGAGUGAACAAGGCAAGGAGACCUGGGUUGAGAUGGCCGUAGGCGACGACCGCCAGGACAGGGUCUUCGCCGUUUCCCUCGGUUAUGCCGUCGUCGGGCUCUUGCUAGCUAUCUACCUGAACAUCCUGACGGUGGGUACUAUGCGGAGCGCUGGCAGGGCUGUCCGGAGUGCCAUCCGACAGCAGCUCCUUGUCGUGAAGGUCGCUGCAUUCAUUGUCAUCGAGCUGAUCAUCUUUCCCCUCGGCUGCGGCAUGAUGCUGGACGUAUGCUCGGUGUGGAUGUUCCCUCAUGGUACUUUCCGCUCACGAGCUGCCUUCUUGCUUUUCGCUCCCUUGCGGGCGACCUUUUACCACUGGGUAUUAGGAACCAUGUUUAUGUACCAGUUCGCUGUGCUCCUUUCCGGAUGCCGUGGGAUUAUGCGUCCUGGUGCGAUGUGGUUCAUCAAAGAUCCUCAGGACCAGAACUUCCAUCCUAUCCGCGACAUCCUCGAACGCCCGACAUUCGUGCAGCUGCGCAAACUGCUGCUGAGCGCGGCCAUGUAUGGGGUCGUGGUUGCCAGUGGUGUUGCAACCGUUUCCGGGAUUCUGCGGCUAUUCCGCGGUACCAUCAUGCCUUUCAGGUGGAAAAUUCGGGAACCGCUCUCCGAGGUGCCAAUAGACCUGAUCUUCAUCCAAUUGGUUCUACCCUACACUAUGGAAUACUUCCGCCCUCGUAAAGCUCUCCGAAAACUUGGAACAUCUAUCUGGAAAUACUUGGCUCGGCAACUUCGUCUCUCAUCCUACAUGUUCGGCGGACGCUUCCCCUCAGAAGAGUACACAUCAGAGCAUUGGACUUGGCGGUCUCUCUUGAACGACGACGGCAUGCAGAUGGACGACGCCGAGGCCGUCCACGACGGCACCUUCCGCCGCGUCCCCAACAGCGACAACGUAGCUCUCGUCAAAGACGCCCCGGCGACCGUCGAAGUCGACGAGGAAGGCCACCCCAUCGACGCAAACGGCUCCCGGCUGAUCAUCGCGCAGAACCUCGAGGCGGAGAAGGCGAAGCGUAUCGUAAAGGAAGACUACACCGUCGUCUACUUCCCCCCGCAGUUCCGCUACCGCGUCAUCACCUUCCUCGUCUGCAUCUGGACCGUCGGCUCCGCGCUGCUCGCCGCCGUGCUCGCCGCGCCCAUCCUGCUCGGCCGGGGCGUGUUUCGGCUCUUCCUCCCGUACGACGUGCACGACGGGUACGCAUUCAUCCUCGGGUUCUACCUCCUCUGGGGCUGCUGGCUCGUCGGCACCGCGCUCGAUCGCAUGGACAAGCGCCGCCAGCGCCGCUGGUCCGACGGCGCGCGGGCGGAGUGGUCGCUCUUCGUGCUCAAGCGCGGUCUGCUCUGGGUCGGGCAGGCGUCGUACAUGCUUGGGGCGCUCGGCGUCGUGAUCCCGACGCUCCUUGGGGUUGUCGUCGAGCUGUACAUCAUCCAGCCGAUCAAGCACGCGGCGAACCCGCUUGGGGAGCCCCGUAUACGCAUGGUCGACAUGUGGGCGCUCGGCCUGCUCUACUUGAAGAUCAUCGUGCGCUCGAUGCGCGUGCACCAGCCUGGGCAUGAUCAGAUGCGUGGUGUCGACCGGCUGAUUCGCAACGGACUAGCCCACCUCGAUCCUAUGCGCGCAACGACAGAGGUCAUCGCCCCAGUCUGUGCAGGGCUGCUAGGCAUGAUCGUCUUCCCCGCGGCCAUCCUGUGGUCCGCUUCCCGCCUCGUCACGCUGCCCAUGGACGGCGACUUCCUCUUCGUGCACGUCUACCCCGGCAUAUUCACGCUCGCGGGGCUCGGACACGGCGCGUGGGUGCUGUCCAAGGUCACGCGCUCGUGGUCGCAGACGAUCCGCGACAAGGAGUUCCUCGUCGAGAUGCGCCUGCGCAACCUCGAGGAGCAGGAGGCGGCGGACAACGCGGCGAAGGCGGAUGCGCGGCAGGUCGCCGCUGCGGCUGCGGCGGUCGCAGCAGCGGAUGCUGAGGGCGACGGCGAAGUGGACGGCGAAGGAGAGGGGGAGGGGGAGGACUAG